UGAAAUCUCAGCUAAAAGAAAAGAACAGAAAAAGCACUUCCUCUCAUUUCAUCUUCCAUUCUACUGGAGUCUCGACGACAUAGAAAAGGAUUCGAAAAUGUCCAUGGCAGACUCCUCCGAACCACCCUCCAAACGUCUUCUUUUCGAUCGUCGUUACGGUUGGGUAAUUGAUGAGUGGAAAGACCCAUCAAAAGAAGCUCUAGCCGGAGGCCGAGGAAUGUUUUGCAUACUGCCUCUAACAAAAGCUUUGACGAAGACGGUUUCUCAGUCGAUUAGUCUUGCAGCGAGCUCUGCAGUGAAAGCUAUGGAAAGGACAGAGCUGCUAUUACCUCAGGUAGUGCAAGAUGGUCUGAAUAAUCGGCUUCACAAGUUCAUGUCCUCGUUACAGAAUCCAGAAUUCAACCGUUUCAACCUCAAAGGAAAUUUGCAAUCACAUGCUACCAGUCACUCUUCUCAUCUACAUAUAGAAAGCAGCGAAUCACAAAUUGCUUGAAGAAAUUAGAUUUGACCAAUUUAUUUCUCAUGAAUAUUUAUCCUUCAUUACUUCAGGUUUAUUAUGUAUAUGGAUUUUUGAAUAUUACAGCAAACUAGAUGAUUAUGAUUAUAAUGAAUUAGUUUGUG